UUGUCAGCCUCAUCCAGAGUUUGGCCGAUGGGUCAAACUUAGCAGCAGGAGCUUUGAUCAGAUCAGACCAGACUAUCUUUUGGGGACCAAAAACGUGAAACGCUGAGUGUGGAGGAUAACUGAUAAAUCCCCAUCAACAUGCUGUCCCCAUAAUGAAAUAUGGUGGCGGUAGCAUCAUGCUGAGGGGAUUUUUUUUUUCUCAGCAGGAGAAAGCUGGUCAGAGUUGAUGCAACGAUGGCUAAAGCAAGAUGGAGGCUGCAACAUUCCUAAACCUGGGUCAGAGGUUCACCUUCCAGCAGGACAGUGAACCUAAACUUACAACUAGAGCUUUAUACCCAAUCUGUAAUUAUUUUUGCCAGCCUUCCUACAUCGGGUCCUGCCUUCUGGUAAUAUUCUCUCAACUGUAAUGGAUCCAAGAAUUAAAAAAAGUCUUUAUGCAAUGAUGUGUUUUUGAAAAAUAAAGUUAAUUUCAGGCUGGACCCCCCACUCCCAAAGCUUUCACAGUGUACUGUUAGCUGUACCUUCAUCUGUCACCCUACCAGGCCCGCCCGUUUCUCUCUUCAUAUGCAUGUACUGAAGGGUUUUGGUCUAAAGAGGUGCUCUCAGGACCAUUGCAGCUGCUAUUGUUAUGUACUUACUGGACCAGUAUCCUGAGACUAGGUUGUCUGGGGAGUAGAGAAGCGGGGGAGGUGACCAAGGACACAGAUAAGAGGGGGAGCAAGGCCGACUUCAGGUUUGUGUUUCCUGGGAGAGUCCGGAAGGAGUCUGCUGUUGCUUGGUUUUCAUGAUGGCCACCAUUUCCAUGAGGUCCCAACCUUUGCAAAACCAUCUGCACAUCUACAGAGGCCUGCCAUGCAACGCGCUGAUGGCUGACUUUUGUUCAGACAGGACUCCUCUGCACGAGGCGGCCUAUCAGGGCAGACUCCUUCAGGUCAUGGCUCUCACCACUCAGGGCUUCCAUGUAAACACUCUCACCAUGGACAGAGUCUCUCCUCUCCAUGAGGCGUGUCUCGGGGGCCGUCACGCCUGUGCCAAAUUCCUCUUGGAAAACGGUGCAAAUGCCCACGCAGCGUCAGCAGAUGGCGCCACGCCUCUCUUUAACUCCUGCAGCAGUGGAAGCGUUGCGUGCGUCAGGCUCCUCUUGCAGCACGGUGCCUCCAUCCACAGCACCCACCACCAGCUGGCCUCACCCCUCCACCGGGCUGCCGAAAAAGGUCACAGAGAGUGUGUGGAGCUGCUGCUGUCCUGCGGAGCUCAGAUUGACGCGGAGCUGCCGGGUGUGGGGACCCCGCUGUACGCAGCCUGCAGGGCCCCUGCAGCGGAGUGCGUGGAGCUGCUGCUGCGUUCAGGUGCAGAUGUUGGCUCCGGAUGUGGGCAGGACAGUCCUUUGCACGCUGCGGUUCGUGCUGGAGAAGCAAACAUUGUUGAACUUCUGCUGGACUUCGGGGCAGAAAGAGCCUGCAGGAAUUCAGAGGGAGAGACUCCUCUUGAUCUGUCGGCACCAGACAGUGCGCUUCGAUUUGCUCUGCAGAGAAAAGGUCCCUGCUCUCUGUCUCAGCUUUGUCGUUUCUGCAUUCGCCGUAGUCUUGGGAGACCUCGUCUUCACAGAGCCUCCAGCCUCAUCCUUCCUCACAGCAUCAAGAACUUCCUCCUCUACCACUGACACGUCUGUUUGCUGCAUAAAUUCAACCGCCCAUCACAGAUGUUCUUUCUGCGUUACAUACAAAGGAAUAAAACAUAUUCUCACAAAGAAGAGAACUGCUAGAACUAGACCAGAACUGCUGGUAAAAUCAUGACCUUCGACAUUCAAGUUGUACUGACAGGUCCAAUUUUCCUAAUGAUUCAGACUUUGUAAUUUUGUACUUUAUGUAAAGACGACCAUUUAACUCUUAUCUCUUUGUAAAACCUUUAAAAGGCGAACACAAUCAGUUGCAUGUCUGAAUGUUGUUUUUUUUCCCCCCCCCUUUAGCUGUUUUCUGAAACCUUUGUUGCGCCACAGGGAGCUGUGUGGAUGUCACUUAAAUCCCAGUCUGUUGUGGCUGAAGAGAACAAGCUCUGAAAAAGGAAAUACAUAAACUGUUUGCAUAGUUUUACAGAAGUGAGGCUUUUAGAGUUAUGUUAUAUCUGCAGUGCGGCAAUUUCAUAACUCGGGCUAGUUAAACACUUUGUGCCAGGGUUGGGCUCCAAUGAAAGAUCAUUAUCAUAUAUCACUGGCUAAAGUACAUUAGUACAAACUUUUUAGAUUAAAUAUGUAUUAUUCCUACAGUUUGCUGUCCCUUGUAACACUUUAGAAUACUGCAUGUCUGGCUUUUUUUCAAUGACAAAGGAAGACGGGACAGGUCAGUAACACCUCAUCCAUAACACUCCCUUUCCUACACAUUGAACUCUGCAGCACACAAAGCCGACUUGUUAAAAAUCUUUUUGGAUAUGCUGAAAAAAACGUUGCUGCAGAAUUGUCAAAAAUUGUCUUCCGUGAGGGACGCACGUCACUAUGAGUACACAGUGGAGAAAACAGCUAGUGAAACAACGAUGACACAAUACUUUGGUGCUAAAAUAUGCUUCACUCACCUUGGCAUACUAGACGUCUGUACUCACUACUAGGUAGAACAAAUAGAUCGUUGUUUUCCUAGGUGGUCAAGUAAUCCUAAGUCUAAAAAAAGAAACAAAAAAGAACUAUAUGGUGACAUCACAGCAGGGGUACGUCUCUCUGUCUGGACCAGUGGUGUCUCUGGCUUGAUGAGUUAAGUGGGGCACAAAAACCCAACACCUAUUUAGUAGCAACAAUUUUUUUCUGUGAUGCAUACAACCUGACAUUGAUCAAUGUUAAAUGAAAC